AUACAGGGGCAUUAUGAUACUGGCUGAUUUGUUUUCAGUUCCCUUCCUAAUCAUUCCCAGCAUGGCGUUGGCCUUUUUUUUAUUGCAAACGCACGCUGCCUUGACAUUUGCAGCGAGGCUUGGACUUCGAUGAGACGCGCUUUAGGCCCCAUCUUCUGACCCGCCUCCGUGAACACACUGCUCGCUUCACUCCCCCGGCGCCAGCAGGCCAGCCUUGCCCUUCCCCGCCUCUUUCCCUGGCCAGCGCCGCCCCCUUCUGCUCCGUGGAGAAAUAAAGGCGCAUCGCUGGGCUCCCGAGGGGAAAGAGACUUUGGGUAGGGGUUGUGCAAGCGGCGGCCGUUUCGGACUCGUUCCCUCCCGUAGCGGAGAUGCUGACAAAGGCCGACGGGCUGGCGCCGACCUCCCCCUUGAAAGGGGGGCGUUCCCCCGCAGUUAAAGCUGGAGGUAUGAGAGUUUCUAAGAAGCUGGAGAAUGGACCUGUUGAAAGGAGUCCCAAAGUCCAUGGGAGAGAAAGGACCAGUACGGUUAGCAUUGCAAAAAUGCAAAGCAUGAGCGUCUUGUUGGCAGAUGCAUUGGAGAAACUAAGACACAAAUUCCCUGCAGCUGCCGCACAAGGAGUGCAUCAAAAGCCACGGCCUACUCUGGAAAAGAUUAUACCACCCAAAAGAAUGUGCAUUAUUCAGCAGCCUCGGAAAUGUUAAAGAUGUAGAGUAAAAUAUUCAUAUAUCUGACAGACUUGCUCUUAACAAAACAGCACUUAGCUAAGCAAGUAGUAAAUGGACCAAAUGUCUUAUGCAGUUUCUAAUUCAUAUUUUCCAGGCAAUAAAACGAGUGUAUGUUCUGCAA